CCAAUGGAAACAUCGCCUCGAAUCCUAAGGAAUAUAGGAUGACAGUUCAUCUUUUUGGCGCUGUUUCCUCUCCUAGCUGUGCAAAUUUUGCGCUUCGUCGCACCGCUCUAGACAAUGAACGGUUGUACGACCCAUUGGUGUCUAGGACAGUUCUUAAUAACUUUUAUGUGGAUGAUUGUCUUGCAUCGACUGGAAAAGAAGAUGUUGCUGUGAAGCUGGCAUCUGAUCUUAAGCAAUUGUGUCUGAGAGGUGGAUUUAAUCUCACCAAGUUUGUUAGCAAUAGCGUUACAGUUUUGAAAUCCAUUCCAGAAGUUGACUACUCGCCCGGUAUCCAAACACUAGAUUUGAAAUCAGAUACUUUGCCUUCUGAGCGAGCCUUAGGCGUUGGCUGGAACGUUCGUUCUGAUCGCUUAGAAUAUCAAGUUGACUUGCAAAAAUUUCGGGGCAAGCCUGUCACAAGACGAGGGCUUCUGUCCGCCACAGCAGGUCUUUAUGAUCCACUGGGGCAUGUUGGUCCGUAUGUAAUGCGGGCCCGAAUGCUCUUACAAGAGCUGACUCGCCUUCGUUUAGGUUGGGACGAUGAGGUGCCAUCCCACUACCACAGACAGUGGAAGCAAUGGUUAGCAGAUCUAGAAUGUCUAUCCCAGUAUAGUCUUCCCAGGUGCAUAUGUUUCGGUGGCCUUUCCUCUGCCGUCCUCCUCGAGCUGCAUCACUUUUCGGAUGCCAGCGAAAGGGGGUACGGGGUGGCCUCGUACGUGCGAGCCGUCAAUGGAGACGGUCAACUGUCUUGCAAUCUUUUGGUCAGCAAAUCCCAUUUAGCACCAAUUAAGCCUCUCAGUAUCCCAAGGCUGGAGCUUUCUGCUGCAACACUAGCUGUCAAAGUCAAUUUAGAAAUACAAAGAGCGUUUCCAUUCGAUUUUAAGCCAGACAUCUUCUUCUGGACUGAUAGCACUACAGUGUUGAAAUAUAUACAGAAUGAGGCAGCGCGAUUUCAUGUGUUCGUGGCAAAUCGUUUGGCAGUUAUACGAGACGGCUCUUCAAUAGACCAAUGGCGAUGGGUUCCUUCGGAGUUAAACCCAGCCGACAUUUUGUCACGCGGGUGCGAUGGAACUACCCUUCUCAAAGAGUGUAUGUGGCGUCAAGGUCCAUCGUUUCUACUUGAAUCACGGGAGAAAUGGCCCCGAUUCCCUGUCUUAGAAGAUAAUGCAGAGGACCCUGAACUAAGAGUGACCACUGUUGCAUUAAACAGCCGAACAGAAAAUGAAACAAAGAUUCAAAAGAAUUCGAGCAUUCAAAAAUUGAUUGAUCAUUAUUCCUCGUGGCAGCGUUUGAAGAGAGCAGUUGCGUGGGUACGACGCGUUAUAGACACAUUGGCUGGUAAACAGAAAUCAGCACGAGCAUCAGAGCUGACUGUAACAGAGCUAAAGUCAGCCGAGAAUAUUAUCAUCAGGGAACUUCAGGGUCAGUACUAUGCGGAGGAGGUAGAGAAUCUGAAAGCAGGACGGGAAGUGCGGCGGUCCAGCAGCCUUGUGUCUUUGGACCCCACGUUGGAGGAUGGUCUUCUGAGAGUAGGAGGUCGUUUAGGGCACGCGAUGGGCGUGGCCUAUGAAAGUAAACAUCCUUUGAUCAUUCCAAAUAAAGGGCGAAUUCCGGAAUUAAUCAUACGGGAUAUUCACGAGAGGAUUGGCCAUGCAGGUCGUCAAUGUGUCCUGGCGGAAUUGCGUAAGAGCUUUUGGCUAAUCAAAGCCAAUACGGCGGUUAGGAGAUGUCUCCACCAAUGCCUCCGCUGCCGCAGGCUUUUUCGUACUACGGAGACGCAAAAAAUGGCUGAUUUGCCUGCAGAUCGAAUACAGCAAAGUGAGCAGCCAUGGGUGAGUACCGGGGUAGAUUAUUUUGGACCAUUCUAUACCAAGAGAGGGCGUGGGCAGGUCAAACGUUACGGUGUCAUUUUUACAUGCUUGGCCAUUCGCGCCGUCCACCUGGAAGUAGUCGAAAUUUUGUCGUCUGACUCUUUUAUAUGCGCCCUCAAGCGCUUCGCGGCCAGGCGGGGCUCACAAAUAAGAAUCAUGCGUUCUGACAACGGGACAAAUUUUGUGGGAGCGGAUCGUGAGCUGAAAAAAGAGCUCGAGUUUCUUGUUCAGCAUGAGGCCCAAAUUCGGAGAGACUUGAUAAAUCGAGGUAUUGAAUGGCGUUGGAACCCCCCUGGUGCCUCUCACUUCGGAGGCGCAUGGGAGCGAUUGAUUAGGAGUGUUCGUAAGAUACUGAGCGGUUUACUCAGGGAGCAAACAUUUACUGACGAAACACUAACCACAUUCCUUUGUGAAGUGGAAAGCAUUAUGAAUAAUCGACCCUUGGUACCAGUGACAAGUGACCCUCGAGACGACCUGCCGCUAACGCCCAAUCACUUGCUGCAUUUACGUUCUGUUUUGCUACCAGCCUCAAUGGUGACAGAUAUAGAUGCGUUUAGCAAAAAGAACUGGAAACGAGCAUCGUUCCUUGCAGAGCAGUUUUGGCGACGUUGGCGUGCGGAAUAUCUCCCAUUACUUCAGCCAAGGGCCAAGUGGUCAAGGCUCCAGACAAAUUUGCAGGUAGGCGAUGUGGUGCUUAUUGUUGACAGUUCAGUCCCGCGGGGUGUGUGGCCUCUUGGCUUGAUAGAAGAGGUCAGAACAAGCACUGACUCGAGGGUACGAUCCGUCAAAAUCCGGUGUAAAGGUACCACGAUUUGGCGGCCUGUUCAAAAGCUAGUUAAAAUCACGGAAAGUUAAAAAUCUCUCAAUCUGAAUAAAUUUGAUCCCAUAGUAUCAAAUGGGCCGGGUGUUAAAGCCGAGUAUCUUUUUAUGUUGGCUGCAAAAUGGAUCUUAAUCUGUCGAGUUUUUCUUCUGUUGGCAGGUAUCUUAUGUUAACGGCACAUGUCUUAUAUAUAUAUUUUUAGCGUUUGUCUCGUGAAGUCAGAUUUAAUUUGCUGAUUCAAUUGUUGUUUCGUUGGCCAGAGAUUAUGUUAUUUUUCUAUAGGUUUUGGUAUCGCUUUUUUGUCAUUUUUAUGUUUUAUGCUUUUGCGUCCGUUUACAAAAUCACCAAAGGACAGUGAGCGGGUGAGCGGCGCGAAGCGGAACGAACGAACCUGAACGAACGAACGAACCUGUACGAACGAACGAACCUGUACGAACGAACGAACUUAUACGAACGAACGAACUUAUACGAACGCCAACGAACGAACGUUAAAUCGGCGGUGUCAAGUUCUUGCCGGUGGCUGCAGACCUGAAACAAUCCAAAACCGUUUUUAAAUACAAUGAGUAUUGGAUCCUGAGGCUCCACCGGUAAAA